AAUACUCCUUUCAGUUUCAGACUACAUAAAUUAAUAGGCUCACUAAUUAUACUCUUGAGCUGCCUAAGUUAUGUUUAUAACUAUCUCUGCUGCAUUAUUAAUGCUGAAAUGUAUCUAUCCUGUUUGCUGUUGUACUGAUCAAAGAGAAUCCUCCAAAAUGAAAUGGAGAUAUUAUGACUUAUCUAUAAAAGAGAACACUCAUUUGGAAUAUCCGAUAUUUAAAAUACCACGAAACUUAUCGGAAGGUGAAAUUGUCGAAUAUUCUAUAGAAAAUUCGCAAGCAAACAAAUACUUCUCCAUUAAUGAAGACGGUAGAGUAAUACUGAAAAAAAAAUUGGAUUAUGAAGAAAAGACCUAUCAUGAAAUAAUUGUUGGUAUUAGCUUUAGAAACUGUACAAAAAAAGAACGUAUAAUUCUAAGGCUAACUAUUUUGGAUGAGAAUGAUAAUUACCCCGAGAUAAAAGUUUUUGGAAAAGAUUAUUCGUCUGAAAUUUUAGUUCAGGAAAACAGAGCCGCUGGAACAGUUGUUGCUUUGAUAUAUGUUCAAGACUUGGAUUCGGGCUUGAAUGGAAAAUUUUCUUGUGAGCUUAGAGCUUUUAAUUUCCAGCUCAUAAGGGUCACUAAUCAGUUUUAUAAGGUAGUAACAACGAAUGCACUUGACAGGGAAAGGCGAAAUUUUGAGGAUAUACGCAUUGUUUGCCGAGAUUAUGCUGGUUUAAGCUCUAUGCAGACGCUGAUAGUCAAAGUUGCGGAUGUUAAUGAUAAUCGCCCAAUUUUUCAAAAUUCACAAAUCUAUUUAAGUUUGAAAGAAGGUACUAAUAAAGGAGCCUUCGUGGCAAUGGUAAGGGCAAUGGAUCCCGAUAGUGGAGAAAAUGCUACAAUAUCGUAUUUUUUCCGGUCGGAUAUUGAUCUUUUUGCCAUCGAUGAAAAGAGUGGAAAAAUAAAAACUACUAAGAAAUUAACUAAAGAGCAUUUGGGCGAAUAUACAUUAACAGCCAUAGCAACUGAUCAUGGAAUACCAAGCCAUUCGUCAACAAUGAAAGUUUAUAUCACAAUUUCUGAAAAAGGUGAAAAUAAACUGUUUCCAAAUUUUACUUAACCAAAUAUAACUAUGUAAAAUUCCUUAUUUAAUAAGAUUUAAUUAAAAAACAACAUAAUAAAAAUAAUAAUAAGGAUAAAAAGCAACAAUAUAG